AUGCCGCCAAUCCGUGUUUUAAUUCUGGGCCACUCUUUCAUUCGCCGUGUGCACGAUUUUCUUUGCCGCAAUUUUAAUGCGCGCAUUGCGAAAAAUUUAAGUCUAGAUGGCGAUCUGAUCAUAAGAUGGCAUGGGAUUGGAGGUAGAACGGUUUCUAAGACUAGGGAGUACCAUUUAGGUAUAGUAGAGGAGUUCGCUCCCAAUGUAGUGAUCAUGCAAUUAGGUACGAAUGACCUUACCACCAUUUCGGCCGUUGAAACUGGCUCGGCAAUUGAAGAUCUGUGUCGUUUACUUUAUGAGUCAUAUGGAGUGGAAUUGAUUUGCGUUUGUCAAACCCUUUACAGGCAAGAUGCCUCUUCUUUUAACAAACAGGUUGACUUGUUAACGAAGUAUCUGAAGGUGGUUUUAGAACCCAUUCCUUAUGUAUUUUACUGGCGUCACAGAGGGUUUUGGCGUUGUAGAUCACGUUUUCUUGCUCGGGAUGGUGUUCAUUUAAACAAACUCGGACAUUAUAAAUAUUUUCGCAGUUUGAGAGGCGCAGUUCUUAGAUGUAUACGAAUUUUCUCAGGUCGUUAACAGCAGUAAUGUUUUCCCAUGUAUUUGCCAGUUCCCUAAUUUUGAUAUUUGUUGCUCUUUACCAAGCCGAAUGUUAUGCAGCCUUGCCCUUUGUUCACUUGUUGUUGGAAAGUAAUUUCCUACUUAUAAGCAGGCUUGCUACUUUGUUCAUGCACGGUUUAAAUACCGUGUUUAUUUUUGCGGCUUUGGUUAUGUUAUUUUGUGCUUUCGCUUUACCAUUUUGAGUGUACAACCACUUUUGACCGCCCCCUUUUUUGGGAGGUGUGUCCAAUGCACUCGGUAUCAGUGAUUAUGCACGUUUUUUCAUGGAACUUGGCUUUUUUCUAGACUGUUACUGCUGUCUUAUCUAUCGUAUUUUGUCACUUAUAUUUUUCAAUUUCUUUUGUAGCUACGUCGGGCCUGUUAGGCUAUAUAUAUCUUGAACUGCCUCUCCCAAGUGCUAAGUAAUUUUGCAGACAACAAUGGCUCGCGGGGUAUAUUCGUAUCCCCUGCAGUGCUGUUAAUUGUCUCAGUCUUGUUUAUUUUUGCCAGUUUCAGUAGUCUUUUUUGUAAAAAAUGCCUCCGCGAAAACGACCAGCAACUCAAGCUACAGCGCCCACCGCCAUUCCAUCCGUUCGCCCCAACAAGCGAGCCAGGCGGCCAAGACUGCGUCCUGAGGAGGCGCCCACUGUUCAUGAGAGCACUACAACUGAGCAGGCUAACGUGAUUGCUUCAAACCCUUCAAGUUCAUCCCCAGGCACAGUGUCCGUGGAUGUCGACGCAAUCACCGCUACCAUUUCUGCCGUAAUUACACAAGCAGUAAAGACGGCCUUCUCGCCUGAGAAAUUGGCUUCGCUGCUCGACAACAACUCCCCAACGCCAGUAGUUACGCAAGCGCCAACUGGACUUGUUGAACAGGCUGUGGAUGACGACGUCCAUGUCAUCACCAAUCCUCAGUCAGGUAUUGGAGCAGUUGAUCCUUUAGACUUAGUUAACACAGGUCCGUAUGAUCAACGACCACAAGUUCAAUUCACCAGUGUUUCUGUCCCUCUCACUUCGAGAGUGAGUUCCAAAAUCAAAGCACAAAUUUGGGCGAAUGAAUAUAUUAAUUUCGGGUCGUUAUUGUCUGAUUCACCUCAGCAGGAGGGGAAAUCCUCAUUAUCUAUGACACCGUCAGUCGCCGGUUCUUCCAGUCAGCCU